GUCACACAUAGAGACCCAGAGACGCACACAGCGCAGACACACAUCAAAGACACGGAAAAGCGAGGAAACGCAGGUCGCCAAACAGACAAACGGACACGGCGGAGGCGGAUUGCGGAUUGCAGUUUGCAGCGCGUUCGGGACGUGUUCUGGACAGAAAGGAGGUGGACCAGCGCACUGCUGAUAGCCGCGGCGUAACCCGUAGCAAUGCCGUUCCCUUUUGGCAAGUCCCACAAGUCCCCGGCUGACAUAGUCAAGAACCUGAAGGACAGCAUGUCUGUGCUGGAAAAACAGGACAUCUCUGACAAGAAGGCAGAAAAGGCCACCGAGGAGGUGUCCAAGAACCUAGUGGCCAUGAAGGAGAUCCUGUACGGCACCAACGAGAAGGAGCCACAGACGGAGGCCGUGGCCCAGCUGGCCCAGGAGCUGUACAACAGCGGCCUCCUGAGCACCCUCAUAGCGGACCUGCAGCUCAUCGACUUCGAGGGUAAAAAGGAUGUGGCUCAGAUUUUCAACAAUAUUCUCAGACGGCAAAUUGGGACACGGACGCCUACGGUAGAAUACAUCUGUACCCAACAGAAUAUAUUGUUUAUGUUAUUAAAGGGGUACGAAUCAGCGGAAAUUGCCUUGAAUUGCGGCAUCAUGCUGCGAGAGUGCAUCCGACACGAACCGCUGGCCAAAAUUAUCCUUUGGUCCGAGCAGUUCUACGAUUUCUUCAGAUACGUGGAGAUGUCCACGUUCGAUAUAGCCUCGGACGCGUUUGCUACUUUCAAAGAUUUGCUCACAAGACACAAGCUUCUGAGCGCGGAGUUUCUGGAGCAGCAUUAUGACAAAUUCUUCAGUGAAUAUGAGAAGUUGCUCCACUCAGAGAACUAUGUUACCAAAAGGCAGUCUCUGAAGCUGCUUGGGGAGCUUCUGUUAGAUCGGCAUAAUUUCACCAUCAUGACAAAAUACAUCAGCAAACCGGAGAAUCUCAAGCUCAUGAUGAAUCUCCUGCGGGAUAAGAGCCGCAACAUCCAGUUUGAGGCCUUCCAUGUCUUCAAGGUUUUCGUUGCAAAUCCAAACAAGACCCAGCCCAUCUUGGACAUUUUGCUGAAGAACCAGACGAAACUCAUCGAGUUCCUCAGCAAGUUCCAGAGCGACAGGACCGAGGAUGAGCAGUUCAACGAUGAAAAGACGUACCUGGUGAAACAGAUCAGGGAUCUGAAGAGACCGACCCCCCAGGAGGCUUGACGGACGAUGGGGCCCCGGCCAGGAGAAACUCCUGAAGAACGUCCGAGUAACGUCUUAAUAAUGUAUGCACAUCAGACCCAUCAGCAGCUGCUGUUUCGAUAUCGAACAUUUCAUCAGCUCAUGGGAAAUCCUACUGCUAGUCUGCUGUUCAAGGGAUUUUUUUUUUUCCUUCAUGAUUUUUAUUUUGAUGUUCCUACAAAAAAAGAAUGCUGUUGCUCUGUUGCACAUCAGGACAUGAUCUGGAGAUGUACUUUGGUGGGGGGAGUAAAUCCGAGCAAACAGUGCAGAUAUCCUCUACAGCCUCUGAACGCUCCGUGUUAGAAGGGUAUACAGACAGACACACACACACGUUGCUUGAUGAUCAACAUCCAGUUGGCGGUUGAAAACAUCCUGGCAAGUGCAUUCUGGGUAAAUGCAUGACUUCUGACAAUUGGUGUACUCGCACAGUGUACAGUGUAACAAGUGCAGUGUACUUUUUUCCUUUCCUCCCUCCCACCCCCCAGCUCAGAAUCUAGCACAUUUGACCUGUGCUUCACUUGUGAUGCCUACGCAUUACAGAACCAGCUGCAGUUUCUAUGCCUUGAUUUAAAAACAAAAUUAUUUUAAUGUAGUCACAUUGGGAACACAGUCACAGUGUUAAUUUUAUGAAAAACAGUAGCGUAGAAAGCCUGAUGAUGUAUUAAACACCAUCCUGAGUGAGUCUCAGGGAGAGAAGUGGAGAAAUGUACAUAAUGCCUUUUCUUUUUCUGAUUUGCUUUGUAGUUUUGUUUCCUGUUUGUUUGGGACAAAACCAUGUACAAGUCUGGGGUGUUGUCUUUUUUUUUUUUUUUUUUUUUAAAAAAAGGUCAUUGACUAUGUUUUAAAAUAGGUAAAAUAUUACAUUUGAUUACUGGUUCUUUGUAAAUAACUACCUGGCCAGGUCAAAUUACCUAGGAUAUUAAUAAUCUGUACAGCAGAGGAAUGUCAUAUUAGUAACUCCAACUUUUUUUGCAAGUGAUUACAGAUGUAUACAUAAGUAUCUCACAGCUGGCAGCAAUGGGGGCUUGCUUGUUUUAAAAAAAAAAAAAAA